GCGCAGAGGCUGCGCUGUCACAUGGGCGGCGGCGGCGGUGGCGGCGGCGGCGGGGCCGCAUUUAAGCGGCUGGGGGACUGCGCCCGCCUCCAGCGCGUCCUCUGGCUUGGCUCCCGCCGGGCGCCCCGGGCUCCGCCUGCGGGGGGUCCGCGCCGCGCCGCCCCGCCCCCGCCGGGCCAUGCGAGCGCCGGGACCGCCGCGAUGAGCUCGUCCAUUGCCAAGAGCGAGUCCAAAACGUCGCUGCUGAAGGCGGCGGCGGCGGGCGGGGGCAGCCGGGCUCCCCAGCGCUCGGUGGCGGCGGCGGGUGCGGAGCCCCGCCAGGGCCCGGUCCGGGAGCUGGGGCCGCACGGCCGCCGCCCCCUGCGCUCGCAGCCCGGCUGCCCCGGGACGCCGCCGCCGCCGCCGCCCGGGGACCCCAGCUCGCGGAGGCCCCUGUGCCGGCCGGGGCCGCGGGAGGACGGGGCUCGGGGGAGCUGGCGGCGCCCCCCGGCCCCGGGCUGCCGCGAGUCACCGCCGCUGCCGCCGCUGCAGCCCCUCGGGCGGGAUGGGGAGGAACGGGGACUGUCCCCGGCGCUUGGCCUCCGGCAGCGCUCCCGGGAGUCCCUGCGGGCGUCCGGAGCCCGAGCCGGAGCCGCGGUGCCUGAGGCAGACCCGUUCCUCCACCAGCUGCGCCCCAUGCUCAGUUCCGCCUUCGGCCAGGACAGAGAGCUUCGACCAGAGGAGAUUGAAGAACUAAGAGAAGCCUUCAAAGAAUUUGACAAAGACAAGGACGGCUACAUUAACUGCAGGGACCUGGGCAACUGUAUGAGAACAAUGGGCUACAUGCCUACAGAGAUGGAACUGAUCGAACUCUCUCAGCAAAUCAAUAUGAACUUGGGAGGCCAUGUGGAUUUUGAUGACUUUGUAGAGUUGAUGGGGCCAAAACUUCUAGCAGAAACAGCAGAUAUGAUUGGGGUAAAGGAACUUCGAGAUGCCUUCCGAGAGUUUGACACCAAUGGUGACGGAGAGAUCAGCACCAAUGAGCUCCGGGAGGCCAUGAGGAAGCUACUGGGCCAUCAAGUGGGUCACCGAGACAUAGAGGAAAUCAUCCGGGAUGUGGAUCUGAAUGGGGACGGGCGUGUAGAUUUUGAAGAAUUUGUACGGAUGAUGUCCCGCUGAGGGUCGAGGGGCCUUCAAGGGCUGAGAAGAUGGCAGAGGGAGAAAGACAAGAGCACCUCCCCCCACCGUGCCCAUGUACGGGACGUCCAGACUGAGCCUGUCCAAGCUCACGAGAGGUGCCCCAUCCCGGAGCCCCCCACCCUUCUGCACUGUGAAAGACUCACAAUCUCCUGCAACUGGAAGCGGCAGUGCCCAUGGAUGAGGUGGCAGUGCCAAGGCGGGCAGAAGCCACGCAGGACCUCAGGAGCCACUCACCCGUUGUUGCUCAUGGUAGUUGGGCAAGGGAUGUCCUGCCAGCAGAUUUCCCCCCCCCCACCCGCUCCACGUGGCAUGUCUGAACCUGGGCCUAAGCCUUCCAUAUCCUCUCCCCAUCUUCCUUGCCCGACCUUAACUCCCCUUGGCCCUAUCACCAAUAAAUAUUUCGGAGACAAGGCAGUGGAGGCGUACCCCCCUGGUGUGUAUGGGGGUAGGCGGGUAGGGCUGCUCCCUCUCUGGAUAUGCCCUGGCAGGAUGCCUAAUAUCCCUGUGCUGUUCUCCAUCAUGAUGCAUGGGCACAUGUAUGUAUGGAGAGCCGGUGGGCCCUGUAAUCAUGGUAGGCUGUGAUAGUGGAUAUGCCCAAAAAGACAGGGGGGUGGUGGGGAGGCUGCAGGUCCACUCAGGAGCCACAGUCAUGGGUUUGGGAUGGCAGCCCAAGAGUAACCUGCAGCAUCUGAGUUUCCAUCAGAAGCCCUGAACUGACUGGAACCUAAGAAGAGAUGUGGACCCCACCACUGACGCGGAACUUUCUAGGGUCUAAAAACAGGGCUUUUUGCCUCCUCUUUUUCUCCCCUCUCCAGGGCCACUUACAGGCAGAGGUAAUCCUCGUGUUUCUGGUGUCCCAGUGGGUAGUGGACUCUGAGUAAGAUCUUUGCUUGAAUAAUCCAAUUCCAAGGUUAAGUCCUUGGCUUCCGGCCAUCCUGGGCUGGUAUCCAGGGGGCGGUCCCAGCUUCAGCUUUCCCAGAGGCAGCUGAACCCAACCUGCUCUAGAAGACCUCUCCCCUAGGUCCCUGAGUUCACACGGGCCAGGGAAAGUGGUGAUCCCCCUUCCCAGAAGCCCAAGGUCUCAGAAUUGCGAGGGGGCUAGCUCGUCCAAGCCUAGUCUGAACUAGGAAUCCUUUUCUAACCUCCCUGGUUAUCCAGCUUCUGCUGGGGGAGAGAGGGACAGAGAGACAGAGAAACAGAGAUACACAGAGACAGAAAGACAGACGAAGAGAGAUAUAAAGAGACAGAUAAAGACAGAGGGAGAGAGACAGCAUUGAGGGAGAGAAACAUCAGUGAGGGAGAGACAGAGAACAGAGGCAGAGAAAGGAAAAUGAAAGCUAAAAAAAGAAAGCCCAUCCUUUGCCUAGGUGUUAGGAAUUUUCUUAACUGGAGACAAAGUAAUUGAGACUCAACUAAGAAUUUUUCAUCCAAAACGAACUCCUGGGGGCAGCUAGGUGGCGCAGUAGAUAGAUAACCGGCCCUGGAGUCAGGAGGACCUGAGUUCAAAUCCGGCCUCAGACACUUAACACUUACUAGCUGUGUGACCCUGGGCAACUCACUUAACCCCAAUUGCCUCACUUCAAAACAAAACAAAACAAAACGAACUCCUUAAAGUUAAAGAUGAGGGGACCAAAUGGACCUUAAGGGUCCCUCUAUUUCCCUAUAUGCUCAAAACAAGAUAAUUAUUGUCAUAGUGUUACAAGGAGCUCUCUGCCCUUGGGUCCACACAGCCUGGGACAUUCUGUAGUAAGGAAAUCUUUGGUGGCCUAGAGCCGAGUGGCACUAUGGGAUGGCGUUGUAGGACAAGUGCUAUGCACCACCCAAUCCUCAACGCCACCUGCUUCUAGAGGUGGUGGCUGUUUGUAACCCCCAAGAAAGUCCUUCCACUGCUCAGCCAGACUGUCACUUGGGCCACCUAUGUCAGAAAACUGGAAUUUGGGUGACCCUCUAGGCUCAGAGCAGUUGAAGAAACUUCCCUCCUAGGUAGGUAGAACCUGAGCCCAGGUUUUGGAUGGGACUUUCUGCACUGCCUCAACGAAAAGCCCAGUUUUUUUCUCCCUACUCCCAAUAAACCUUGUUUUUCACUUAGAUUAACCAAACUGGGAGGACAGGAAGAGAUGGGGCUUGGUUUUUUUUGUUUGUUUGUUUGUUUCUUUUUGGAGAUGGGGCUUGUUGAUGGCUAUAGUGGAAUUUACUCCUCGGUCAUCUCCAAACCACAUCCCGGCCACAACUUCAGUCCAGACUUCGUCCCCAUCUCCUCCCCACCAGAAACUCGGACUCUGCCCCUGAAACCACCAUGGGCUCUGAUAGGUGAGCCAUCACCAGGUUCAGGCUAUUCAGGCUCCCCUGCGAUCCCCAAACCCCCCUCUGCAUGCACUUCUCACCCACCUUCCAGCUCUCCUUGGGGAGCACUUCCCCAUUGCAAUGCCUUCCCCCGAUAGAGUAUGGGCGGCUAAAGGACAGAGACAGUUCCUGCCUUUCUUUGUACCCUAGCGUUUAGCAUGGUGACUGGCACGUAGUAUUUAAUAAAUAAUCUCUCUCUGCA